CCAUCCAUGGCGUUUUUGAGGCACGGUUCCGCCUGUCGUGCAUGGGGAUGCCGUGUCGACCGACGGGACAUUGCAGAAUCAAGACACAGCUAAUUAUAUAUCUACGUGUUUGGUUACAAACCUGAUUCGGACGGAAAAUGGCGACUAGCCGCGUCCAGGCGAGCUUGGAAGCAAGCAGCAGCGGUAGAGGAAUUGUCUUUGUUAACUCGUCUGUAAGGCAGCCAAAGCUUAGAGCAAAUGGAGGACAAGCGGCUUUCGCGCCAGUUACUCGCGUCGUCUCGGCUGGCCAGCGGGGCUUGUCGUCCGCUCUGCAGCCGCCGGUCGCGACUCCUCAAGCGGGGCAGCCGCGGUCCACGCAAUUGCAGGCUGUAAAGGAGCGUACAAAAGCUCCAAAGGCGUUGACGGUCGCGGACGUUGACCUGGAGAAGCUGAACGAGGAUUGGGGCAUCCCCGGCGUGGUGGAGUUUGGGGAGGGGCAGGGCGGCCUGCCCACGGUGCUGCUGACUCACCCGCAGACCAACCAAAAGCUAGUGGUGUACCUGUACGGAGCCACCAUCGCGCAAUGGCUCAAAACCGAUGGCACGGCGACCUUCUUCGAUGGGCCGGACCUGCUGUAUGCGGAGGGCGUGCCGCUCAGGACGGGCGUGUCCGUGCACUUCCCUCAGCACCGUGAUGGUCUGCUGCCACAGCACGGCUUCGCGGACCGCAUGGUGUGGGAGGUGAUAGGCGCGGGUGUGGACAGUCCGGAGGUGGCUGAGCAGCUGGACGGCUACCUGAACCACCUGCAGGAGAGCGGCCUUAUCAGUCAGGAGAUGCUGGACGCGGCGGCGGAGGGCGGCGAGGGUAGCGAGGCGGCCGCCGAGCUGCAGGCGGCUCUGGCACAGGAGCUGGAGGGUGCCAACAUCGCGCCGCACAUGCUGGGCGACGCCGCCCCCUUCGUGAUGCUGCGCCUGCGCGACACGCCCGCCACCCGCAAGAUGUGGCCGCACCGCUUUGAGCUGUGCUACAAGAUCACGCUGCAGACUCAGGAGGAGGCCACCGACGCCGACAUGCGCGACGUGCGGGCCUCCCUGGGCAUGGCGCCCGGAGGCCUCGCGCCCGAACAGGACGCCGCGCUGGCGCAGGCGGCGCUGGAGGCGGCGGUGAUGAAGCGCAGGGCGGAGCUGGAGGCGGAGGGGCAGGCCGCUGAGGACGCACUUGCAAACGCGGCGUCGGGGCGCGACCGGCGUGCCGACGAGGCGGGCGAGGACGAGGAGGCGGAGGGGGCGGAGGAUCAGGCCCCAUCAGACGCGGCGGGCAAGCGCCGCGGCCGGCCGCGUAAGACUGCCGAGCCGGCGGCCGCGGCUGCCAAAGACGGCGAGGUUGUGGAUGGGGACGAGGACGACGACGAGGACGUCAGCUAUGCGCCCGUGCCACUGGGCGAGCCGGGGGCGGUGGGCCCCGAGCCGUACUCCCCGCCCGUGCAAAUCAAGCAGCAGUUCUGGCUGCGCAACCGGGACAAGCGCGGCAGCGAGGCCCUUCGCUUCCAGCUGGCCUCCAACGCGCGCUUUGUGACGGCGCAGCAGCCCGACUGCAGCGACUGGAUCAAGGUGCUGGGGCUGGGAGGAAGCCAGGUGAUUGACUACACGGCGGACCCGCGCUACCCCGAGCUGGACCUGUUCGAGCAGGACUACCUGCACUACAGGGGCCAGCCCGAGGACAAGACCUUCGUGGGCGCCGCCGACGCCACACUGUACCUGUGCCCCGGCAACCGCACCCACUUUGAGUUCAUCCAGAAAGGCGGCUUCAAGGACAUGUUUGUGGAGCAGCCGGAGUACGACGACGAGCAGCCCGAGACCGGCCGCCUGGCCUGCAUUGGCACCGGCUACGUCGCGUCCAUGAAGAAACUGGCGCCCGGCAAGGUGUGGUACGCUGAGUCAGCCAUCCGCUUCCACAACCGCUACUGGACGCCGCCCAUCUUUGGAGACGACACUAUGCCGCCGCUGCCGCCCAUCCCCACGGAGCUGCUAGAGGGCGAGGGCGAGGAGGGCGACGCCUUCGACGACAUUCCUGGCGGCCCUGGUGGCGACGAGCCUGAGAACUGAUCAACGCCUUUCUAGAGAUGCGGGCGAGCAGAGCGUGGGUGAUUGGGUGAGGGAUAGGGUGGCUGGAAGAAGGUACGAGACAAGGGCGGGAACAUGCUGCGGAUAGGCGGUGCACGGGCAGGCUGUGGUUGUGCGCAGGCGUGCGGUGGGCAGGCGGUUAUGGGCGGCGGGAAGGGAUGCCGAGAUUAGGAUGCAGCUGGCGACGCUGCGCGAACGCGGAGGAGGAGGGCACAUGUACGGUACAGAUGUGUCCGCGUACCAUGGGAGCAAGGCACAGGAGCAAGGUAGGGGGCGAUGCAGGCGGCACACCCCUGGGGUCCAGAGCCGCGUGGUCGCACGCCACGUCACUGGCUCGCGAACAGGCAGCCAUUAUCCAGUGCAUGGCGCAGCAGGCCUAUGGUAGUGAAGCAGAGCGGGAGCAAGGAGAGCGCUGGUGGCAUCGCUGGUACUGGACUAUGUGAAGGAAAGGAGGGCAUGUAUGCCGUAGUACGCCUGCGCUGUGUUUUGCGGCUUCAAGUUGUGAGGGCAUCAAGACGAGUUGCAUGUCAAGGUCAUCCGGACUCCCAAAAUGUCCACCCCUCGCUGUAACCAACAUGCACA